ACCGUUAUUUUGAGCGGAGUCGAGCAAAGCAAAGCAAGCGAAGCAAACGAAUUUCGUUCGAACUUAGACAGUGGCGGCACAGCUGGAUGAAAAGAAAAAUUGCAUUGGAGAAACUAAGAAUUAAGGAUCUGCCUGAGGCUGUUUGCUGAUUUGCUUACGGGCUAAAUAAUAAAACAAGUCAAAAUGGAGAUCCAUACGAGGAGACACCGAACGAAGCAGAUCCAGGACCAGGAAAAUAUAUAUGCUAUUAAAGGAAAAGCCAACGUGGCGAUACCAACUAAGAAGCAAGGUUUGACUGUCCGUGGGGCUUUGGGGGACAUCAACACUAAUGUUCAAACGCAGCGUGAAAUCGGUGGUAAAGUAGCUGUUGCUACCGCGGAGUUCGAGAAGAAAGCGACCCUAAAUCGAGCUGUUGUAAAAAGCAAUUACAGCCAUGUCCAGUCGAAGGUGGAUACAGGGUUGGCUGCUAGCAAGGUGGCAGUCAUUCAGCCGUCGUCGAGGCCUCCGCUGCGCCGUGAGGAGAGCACUGCAGGCCUUGCUGCAAGGGCCGCUGCUCGCAAUAGGGCAAUCCUCAAAGAUGUGCAGAACAAGCCAUCCGAGCUGAAGGAAUCGAUAAACAUUUACAUUCAGACUAAGAAGGUUCAAGAAACCAAGAAGACAUCAAAAUUACCAACAUUGAAAGAAAAUAAAGAAAUAAGAGCAGUGCAGCCUUUCCUUAAAGUAUCCACAGAAUCACUUAGCAAGUUGAAGUUAGAGGAAGGUCAGGGAACCACCUCCAUUAUAGAUAGGAAGAAAUUGGCACAAGCUACAUUGAAACAGGACUUAAACGUGACUCCUCAACUACCUGAUGACAUUGAAGAUAUUGACGCUGGAGACAACAACAGCCCGCUGCUUAUGUCCAUCUAUAUAAAGGAUAUUUAUAAAUAUUUGACCGAGUUAGAAGAGAAGUAUCCUAUUGAGGUUGAACAUUUGAAGCAUCAGAAGGAAAUCACUGGCAAGAUGAGGGCGACUCUUAUUGACUGGCUUGUAGAGGUGCAGAGGCAGUUCUCCUUGGUGCUGGAGACAUUCCACCUGACAGUUGGGAUUAUUGACCGAUACCUACAGGAGGUACCAACGCUUCCAAGGACUCAGCUGCAGCUUGUCGGCGUGACCGCGAUGUUCAUAGCCAGCAAGUACGAAGAGAUAUACGCGCCCGACAUCGGUGACUUCGUGUAUGUCACUGACAAUGCCUACUCCAGAGCCGAAAUGUUCCAGUGCGAGAGGGACAUCAUGGCGAAACUUGGCUUCUGCCUCGCUAGACCUAUUCCACUCAGCUUUUUGAGAAGGUUUGUAAAAGCUGCUCAUGGAACUUCAAAGAAUCAUCACUUAGCCAAAUACUUCGUAGAUCUAUGCCUUGUUGAGUACUCGAUGGCGCACUACCGGCCCUCGGAGCUGGCGGCCGCCGCCAUCUGCCUCUCUCUGUACCUGCUCUCCAGCAAAAAGCUUGAGGAGGUAUGGACCCCUACACUCUCGUACUACUCAGGAUACUCCCUCGAACACAUUGACCCAAUCAUUAGGAAACUGGCUAAAAUAGUUGUCAAUGUAGAUAACUGCAAAUAUAAGGCAGUGUACAACAAAUAUUUGGACACAUCUUUAGCCAGGGUAUCCAGCCUGCACCAACUAAAAGGCGAAGCUAUUGCUGAACUGGCUAAAAUGCCAUCAAAUUACGACUAAUACAGAACUAGUAUUUUGUGUGUUUGUGUAAGCGUUUAUGUAGUCAUGACAAUGUUUUGAUAGGUGUACUGGACAAAGGACUGAGUUUUAUAUUAGAAUUUGUUUUAGGGACCUGGUUUGUUUGCUAGUUUUAAUUUAGAAAUAGUUUAAUUUUUAGACGUAAUAUUGUAACAAUGAGACUAAUUUAAUGUUAUUGACGAGGUAGUAUAUGUGUAUUUAUGUGUUUUUGCUCUAUCUUCAACCUCUUAAAAUCUUGUUUUUGAUGUAUAUUUAUGAAUACAGCUUGCUUAGUCGCCGAUAUUUUGUGUUCUAUGAAGAAACUGUAUUUUCAUUAUUUAUUGAGAUUUAUGAAAUCUCCACAAUUUUUAUUCAGACUUAUUAUAAACUUGGUUGUUUAUAAAACAAUAUAGACAAAAAAUAUUCAGAUGAUAAUGAAACAUGUUUUGAUUUACUUUUGACAUAAUUCUAUUAUAGUAGUUAAUAAAAUUAGUACAGUUUUAGGAUUGAAUAAAUUCAGCCGACGCGUGAUCGCCAAAUUUUAACCAGUGUAGUAACUCUGGAAUAAUAUAUUCAAAUUAUUCACACGUAGCAAAUGUUUGACAUAUUUUAUCGCCAUGAAGACGAUUGAUUCACAAUUUGGCUGACUUCUAAUGCGAUUUGUAUUUGAUGUUUUUACUCAUAAGUUGCUAUUAUGUAUUACGAUUCAUAGGAUAUUUUGAUUGAAUGUAAUUUGAUAAUACUGUGAUUAGAAUAUAUGAUGUAAUUGUUGAUAAUAAAUCGAUGUUUAUAAG